AUGUGUCUUCAAUCAAAUUCUUUAUCUAAUUCAGCUAUCUCAUUAAAUAAUACAGAAAUUGAUACUUUAAUUAAUAUUUAUUCAUCAACACAAAAUUUACACAUGCAACCAAUAGAUUUUCAUGAAUACGAUUCAUUACAUCGAAGUACCCCAAUUAUUUAUGAUUUACUGGAUUUUCAAAAAUAUCAAAAUACUAAUCGCGAUGUGAAACGAACCAUAAUUACAUCAAAACAACGUUUUAAUUUCGCUAAAUUAGCCGAUGAAGUGAUUAAAGAUAAAGAAGAUAUUUCGAAUUCGUCAUUAUCAUUUGAUGCUAGUCAUUUAUCAACACCAUCACCUCAAUCGGUUCCAGCUGCAAUUACUAGCAGUCUUUCUUUACUUGCUUCUACUAGCCAUUCGUAA